GGUGAGGGAGGGAGGCCACAACCAGCGAGCUCCGAGCGGGCAGCGGAGGAUGUCGACCCCGCUGCGGGGACAAGCCCCGGGCGAGACGCUAGUGUCCGGCCGGCCGCCGUUCACCCCGUCGCCCCGCGGCCCCCGGCGCCCAUGAAGCCCCCGCGGAUGACUCCCCGAGAAGCCGGAGUGAGGCGGAAAGUGGCCGGAGACAGAGAGCAUGUACUGGCGCGUCGGGUUCGCCUGGACGCGGUCUUGUGUGGUUGAUCUCGGCCAGAACCGGAGCUUCUCCUGCGGCCCGCUGGGCGCCGGCGAGCAGCUGUCGUUUUAUGGGUGCAUCAUCGCCUACCCCCUGCAGGACCACAGCGGGAUCAUGUCCGCUCUGGGCUCGGACUCGUGGUGGAGGAAGACGCUGUAUCUGACCGGAGGGGCUCUGCUCGCUGCCGCUGCCUAUCUGCUGCACGAACUGCUCUCCAUCAGAAAGGAGGAAGAGCUGGACUCUAAAGAUGCCAUCAUACUCCACCAAUUCUCCAGGCCCAAAAGUGGCGUCCCGUCCCUGUCCCCUUUCUGCCUUAAAAUGGAGACCUACCUCCGCAUGGUUGACCUUCCCUACCAGAACUACUUUGACGGGAAGCUUUCGCCGCAGGGUAAGAUGCCGUGGAUCGAGUACAACAAGGAGCAGGUGUUUGGCUCAGAGUUCAUCAUUGACUUCCUGGAGGAGAGGCUGGGCAUGAGCCUCAACAAGAGCCUGACACCGCAGGAGAAGGCCAUGUCCCGCGCCAUCACCAAAAUGGUGGAGGAACAUUUCUACUGGACCAUAGCUUACUGUCAGUGGGUGGACAAUCUAGAGGAGACCCAGAAGAUGUUGUCGGUGAGCGGACCGCUGAGUGACCUGCUCAAGUGGAUCCUGAGUCACCUGACGGGUGGGAUCGUCAAGAGGGAGAUGUAUGGGCACGGGAUCGGGCGGUUUUCUAAGGACGAGGUUUACGCCCUGAUGGAGAAGGACAUGCGCACCCUGGCCACUAUACUAGGUGAUAAGAAGUACCUUAUGGGCUCGAAGCUUUCCACAGUAGACGCUGCAGUGUUCAGUCACCUGGCUCCUGCUAUGUGGACACUACCAGGAACACGUCCGGAGCAGCUAAUCAAAGGUGAGCUGAUCAACCUGGCCAUGUACUGUGAGCGUAUCCGGCGGCGCUUCUGGCCCGAGUGGUUCGUGGACCUGGAGGACUUCUACUACACCGACACCGAGGGCAGCGACUCGCCCUCCAAACUCCCUGACCUGGGUCUCUACUCCUGCACGGACACUUUCCAGGAAGACACAAACACACACAUUUCCCAAGCCCACACUCCACCGGACGUCCCGUCGCCGUCCCCCGACAGCGACCCCACAGGCCACUCGCUUUAUGACUCUGACAUGGACACAGAGUGCUCUGAAAUAGACCAGCUCAAGUGUUGACAAAACGUACACGGCUACAUACGUGCACACCACAGGAGGGCGCUGUGUCCCGCCUGCACACAUGCCCCCCUACCUCUUAGAACAGAAAAUAACUGGGGAGUAUUCCUGGUGUGGAGAAACCGAGGAUGUAGAGGUUUAACUGUAGUGGAGGAAUGAUCUGUAUAGAGGGAAAGGGAGUGAAGGAUAGUUUAAAAAGUCAGAGAAGGACAGAAGAAAAAAGGAGGCAGCAUUUAAAGGAAAAGAGAAGAGAUACAGAAAAAGAUUGAAAAGAAAGAAGUUUUAAAACCAGGAGUUGAAUGACGCCGCUGCUGAGAAACUCCUCCACAUGGUCGACAUCAUCUGCAGUCACAACCUUCUACCUGUCAUCCCGUUGCUGUAACCUCGGCAACUACAUGCGUGUGGCCCCCUCGUCCCCCGUAGCAACUUGCACCGCCCGGCCUUGUGUGAGUUUUCGACUAACCAAACCCUCAAACGCCUUGUAAUGAUAUGUCGUCCACAUGUAGGGAACUGUACAGGAUUCAUGUGAACGAAGACGAGUCAGUGUACAUAUAUAAAAGGAUCUGAUCGGAUUCUCGGAUUUAAUAGAUAGAAUAUUUAAUUCUACAUGAGUAUAAAUAGUAUAGAUAGCUUGCAAAUAUAAAAUCAUCCCCUCUGUGAUAUAGUGUAAAUAAUGUCUGUGUUUCCUCUGUGAAAUCAAUUUUGUGUUGGACACAAAUUGUCUUGUAAUAGUCUCCAUGAUUACCCACUCCGCUGGUCUAGGAUCACAUCAUGACUUCUUGUGUGUGUCCGUCUACACAACUGGGAUAUUACAGUCGUUUUCUGUUGCCCAUAUUUAAAGAGUGCAGUUGCAGAUAGUAGAUAUUAGACUGUAAAAGCACUUUGAAACUUUAUUUUGUCUUAUUAAGAUUCUUAUUUUGCCAAAAAAAAGAAAAUCCCACAUCCUUAGAAUUAUAUGGCAACAUAUAAUCUGUGUCUCAAUUCAGGAGCAGCUACAUUCAGAGGAAGAGGUCUGCACAGCACAGGAAACCCACCUCGUUCCUGGGCCUUGCGAACCCUCACCAGCCCGUUCCUACUUGGUUGGAUACGAGGAGAACGUUUUAAUGCCCCUUGCUUCUUUUAAACAUGUACCAUAGGCUUUUCGGCCGAUUGAGGUGUGAUACUCGAGCUUUGCACCUCUCGUUGCCAUUACCACAUGGUUUGUCUCUGAAUCGCUGUGCAUGCUGGGAUAGGUUGAGUCAGAUAGGCCCACUUGUUUGAGUCUUUGUUUCUUGCCGGCCGCAUUUGUAGGAGCCUUUUAAACGGGAAAGCCAGGUCGCGCCGCUGUGACCCCUGAAUUGAGACACAGCUUUACUUUCAGGACCCUGUUUGUCUUUCAGGACAUCAGUCACUCAGACAUUGACAUGCAUUAGGAGCGAGGCAAACAAUCAUGUAGGAAUAGAUUGAAUAGAUAUAUAAUCUGAAUGAAUGUGCAUGGCUGGCACAUGCCAAUGAAAACGUCCCUUUACACUUCAUGUGGAUGCUUUUAUCUGCAUUUCUAAGCUGGCCUAUUUGAGUUUGACGUCGUGACACAGUUUGGGUGUUCGGUGCCUCUGGGCAAAUCAAAUAUGUAGCAGACGGAUCAUGAAAAGUACUUUUGUUUUUACUCUGCUAGCGGUUUAGUUUUUGUGUCACCUGCUUCACAUUUCAAAAUGAUGAAUUGCUCAGAAGACGUUAUGUAAAGCAAUAAGAGAGCGAAUUUGAUGCUAGACUGCGUGGUGGGCGGGCUGUGCGAUAGCGAGGUGCGGGUUUUAUGUGUGUUUGUCAUUCAGCAAAUGCACGUGCCGACAUGUUGCGUGUUCAGGCUGCUUGUAUGGAUGCAAGCAAGGGGUGUACAGUGUGUUCACUUCAGUUCAUGUUGUGCAUGAUGAAGCAGUGCUGAGGAACAUUUUUCUCCCAAACACACACACACAUUCAAGUGUCUUCAAACCUUUUGUGGAGCUGUUUAUACUCCGGCUGUAGAGGGUUAAAGAAAAAUUCAAUGCUGCUAACAAGCUAUGAUAGCUUAAAGUAUCACCACUGGUUAGCUGCGAUAGCCUCCUCCAUUUUAAAUUAUUUUGCUUUUGGGCAACGGCAGAAAUGUAUAAGUCAAAGUAAACAAAAAUUUAACUCCAAAAAGAUUUUUGCAAUUUUACAUCUGGCAAAUUCAUUAAUUUCAGCAACUGGAUCAAACUAAAAAUGUACUGAAAUUGCUGUAACAGGCAGUAAUGCAGAUAUACUUGUGUUGUGUGCAUAUGUUGGCCGGAUUAAAUAAAUCGCAGAACAGUAAAGCCAAAAAUAUGUUGACGAUCUUACAUGAGCAGUGUCUCUAUUACACUUUUACAUCGUGCAAGUUCAACUAAAUGUCUCGUGCAGCUCGAGGGUCACAAUUUUCUAUUAUGUCUUUUGAAAAAAUUUUGGAUCAAAUAUCAACAACUAUUCACUAAAAUUCAUGAUUGGUCGGCCUCUGCUCGUGUAGAUGAUGCACAGAAAUUAUACUUAUAUAACUCAAAGAUAUGCAGCAGUAAAAUGUAGCGGUAUAUUGUGAAAUAAAUAGGAAGUAGAGAUCAAAACGUCAAAAUUGAAAUUUGCACUUAGCACUUAGCAAAUAUGUUUCAUUAAGGGAAUGUUAAGAGUCUGAUGUUUCAGUAGAACCACGGUGUUGAUAAUGAUGAUUGUCAGAGGGUUUAACUACAGAGUUUAAUGAUGAUUUAAUGACAGAAUUGAUUUAAUUAUUCUCGGUGUAGCCUCUUCACUGGAGGAGUUACACUCUGGGUUCUCUGUCAAAAUCCAAACCUAUACGAAGCCUUUCGAGAGGAGAUAAUGGACACGUGGACAGAUCAGCCUUUAUGUGUGUGCUGCAGUUUAUUUUCAGUACAAUAAUACAGCCUGAUACUUAAGAAACUGAAUUUUCGUUUUGUGUCUUAAAACCCCUUGCCUGCAUGUUCUUGCCUUCUCUCAUCAACAGUCAGAUUUAGCCUUAUUACAACUAACUCUUUAAGCCAUUUACUUUAUGCCACUGCCAGCAUAUGU